AUGUCCCGCCUGCUGCACGCGGAAGAGUGGGCCGAGGUGAAGGAGGUGGGGGACCACCGCCGCCAUCCCCAGACCCACCACCUCCCGCAAUCCGCGCCACAGCCCCCUGCCAACCUGCAGGCGAGGGAGCACCCGGUGUACCCGGCGGAGCUGUCCCUCCUGGACGGCACUGACCCACGCGCCUGGCUGGCGCCAGCCUUGCAGGGCAUCUGUACGGCACGCGCCGCCCAGUACCUGCUGCACUCGGCCGACUUGGGCGCCCCUGAGGCCGCGGCGCCCCUGGAGGAGGCCGACGGCCGGGGCGAGCUGGGAAGGAGGAACAGUGGCGGCCUCAGCAAGAGCCCCGGGCCCGUGAAAGUGCGGGAACAGUUGUGCAAGCUGAAAGGCGGGGUGGUGGUGGACGAGCUGGGUUGCAGCCGCCAGCGAGCCCCUUCCAGCAAGCAGGUGAAUGGGGUGCAGAAGCAGCGGAGACUGGCGGCCAACGCCAGGGAGCGGCGCAGGAUGCACGGCCUGAACCAUGCCUUCGACCAGCUGCGCAACGUUAUUCCGUCCUUCAACAACGACAAGAAGCUGUCCAAAUACGAGACGCUGCAGAUGGCCCAGAUCUACAUCAACGCCCUGUCCGAGCUGCUGCAAACGCCCAGCGGCGGGGAGCAGCCCCCGCCGCCUGCGGCCUCCUGCAAAAGUGACCACCACCACCUCCGUGGGGCGGCCUCCUACGAGGGCGGCCCGGGUCCCGCCACAGCCACAGGGGCGCAGCCAGGCUCGGGAACCGGCCCGCGCCCCACCCCGCCUGGGAGCUGCCGGACUCGCUUCGCGGCCCCCGCCCCUGCGGGAAACUACUCGGUGCCGCUGGACGCUCUGCACUUCUCGCCUUUCGAGGACGGCUCCCUGACGGCGAUGAUGGCGCCAAAAAACUUAUCACCCUCGCUGCCCGGGGGCAUCCUGCAGCCGGGGCCAGAGGACGCUAGCAAGACCUCGCCGCGGUCUCACAGGAGCGACGGGGAAUUUUCCCCCCACUCCCACUACAGUGACUCGGACGAGGCCAGUUAG